AUGAUUUCAAACGCCCAGGCGCAUGCGAAAUGCCACAAGGCCCAAAAAGCACUCCAAGAGCUAAGCGACGAACAAAUGAAAAUUCGGAGUACAGAGAGCCCUCUAGGUCUUCGUCCAGCAAAUCUGCAGCAACUUGAAGAGAAAGCCGAUUUGAAACUAGCACAGGACCUGCUUGGCUUCGAUCAUAGCCCGAUAACAUCAUCAGAUACCGAAUCUCAUCCAUCGCCUCUCGUUGGCCUUUGUUCCAACCCAGUAUUUACUCCAAAGACAAUGCAGGACUUUGAUCUUCUUCGUGAAAUACUUGUGCCUAUCAUCAGCCAGAAUUGUCAGAGAGACGACUAUCCUGCGUUCAUUCGGGAUCUUACCAACCAGUUAGUAGCAGAUCUUCCUAUCAAGGAAAUCAGAAGGAUUGGGAGCUCAUUGGUCAGUCUUUCUGAUGAAAAGCCCAAGUCUUUUGGUGGAAGCGAGCGAAGGCCCCAGUUCUGA